UAGUGUUGCUUGGUUGGCUCCAUUCCAUAGUCUGCUACCACUGAAGCAAAGGCACUACCUUCCUCGCCUCACAUUUCCAGUAUGGCUGCAAGCCACCAGACCCAAAACAAAGCACGUCAAGUCCGGGAGGUGGAGUGUCUUUAGAGAACCAAACAGUUCCAAUGCCUCAAAUGAGCUAGGGCUACCAGCAUCCCGGCAUAUGAAACCAUGUCAGGCACGGGAAUCAGGGCCAGCAGCUUCAAAUCUCUGCCCAGAUGCCCAUUACCGGCAUAUGCUGUCAGCACAGUAUUCCACGUGGCAGAUUCGUGUUGGGGGAGACUUACAAACAUUCUUAUGGCCUUGGUCAGAUGCCCAUGCUGAGAAUAUGCCGAGAGCAUUGUGUUGAAGGAUAGGAGGCCUUGCUCUGGCACGGGGUUGAAGUUGUGCUGUAUCUCCUCGAUUCCGUACGCCACACUUGCUUUUCAAGAGCAGCAUUGUGGUCCAUGACACAAGAUCCCUCUGUGGCAUUUUCUCAAACACGCACGUUGACUGCUCUAUGCAACUGUGACUGGCAUAUGCCGCAAACAUUGAGUUCCAGGAGACAAUGUCCCUAAAAACAUGGUUGUUGUGCAUGAAACCAGGCUUCUUUCUGGCAUCUCUUCUAGGAAGUUUGUAGAUUCCUCUACACGACCGGCACGGGCAUACGCUGCCAGCAUGCCAUUCCACGUCGCCACAUCAAAGGAAUACUGCCAAACAGCUGCUGGGAGAGAUCCAGCCGUCCAUUCUCGGAGCAUGCCGCAGACUCGAACAUCUUGACGCACUCUUGCAUAUGCCCAGUCCGGGCAUAUCCCGCCAAGGGCACAUUCCAAGGCAUGACGCUCUUGUGGGGCAAAGAUUCUCUGGGCUUCCUCCAAAACCCCGUUCAGUACGUAGGCAUUGAGCAGGAGAUCCCAGGAGAAGGAAUCUUUUCUGGGGAGCGAGUCAAACACGCGGCGGGCAUUAGAGACAGUAGAGCACCUCCCGUACAUCUGGAUGAGCUUGUUGCAAAGGAAGAUGUCGCCGCUAGUGAUGGAUUGGAUCCUGGAGUGAGCUUGGAGAGCUUGAGAUGGAGUUGCACAGCAAUGGAUGAGCUCCAAGCACCCAGUCAUUCUUUCAUUCUUUGUGAGUUUAGGGUUUUAGAAGGAAGCAAUGCGCUCACGGGGGAGAGCGAAUGGAUUCUCGUUGGCGAUGGAGGCGACGGCGGCGAUGCGAGCGAUCCCCUGGCAGAGAGCUCGUAUCUUGACAUGCUGAAUGAUCGCGCCAGGAACAGGGCAUUCUCUUCAGCAAUCGCGAAGGUCGGCCGCCAUGGCCAUGUCCUGGACAUUGGUGCUGGCACUGGGCUCUUGUCGCUCAUGGCUUGGCGGGCAAUGGAAGAGCAGUGCCAGGUGACUGCUUGCGAAUCUUUUCUUCCAAUGUACAAGCUGGCUCGCAAAGUUUGCCGAGACAAUGGGACGAUGGGAGCGAUCAAGCUGCUCCAUAUGGGCUCGGAUGAGAUCAAAGUCGGGGUGGACAUCUCUAGCAAAGCCGAUGCAUUGGUGUGUGAGAUUUUAGACUCGGAGUUGCUUGGAGAAGGGAUCAUUCCAAGUCUAAGGAACGCUCAUGAGCAUUUACUCCGGCCUAAUGCUGCCACAGUGCCAUAUCGAGCUACUGUGUAUGCCCAGCUAGUCGAGAGCGACUUUCUCUGGAGAUUGCACGACCUUCAAGGGGUAGAAGACCAGCUGCAGGACGGAUUGGCUUUCGCUCCCAAUGAUUUCUACUCUUACUUCAAGCACAGACAGCAUGCGUUUCACGUUGAUGAAAUCCCCGCUUUCCGAGCCGUUUGAGGCCUUCGUUCUUGACUUCUAUAGAGCUCCAGAUGUGCGUGGAGAAUUUAAUCAAGCCGUGCAUGUCAACUUC